CAAACAGGGCGUUGUUCCCGUUAAAGGGGAACGCCAGGAGCCUCCCACUGCCCCCUUGCUUCGCGCGCGCGCAGCCCUGCAGCGCAGCUUUGGCGGCGCCAGCAGCGGAGCCAACGCACCCGAGUUUGUGCUUGAGGCCACCCUGAGGAUCGGGACAGCUGUUCCUUUGGGCUGCAGAAACUCCGCUGAGCAGAACUUGCCGCCAGAAUGCUCCUCCUGUUGCUGAGUAUCAUCGUCCUCCACGUCGCGGUGCUGGUGCUGCUGUUCGUCUCCACGAUCGUCAGCCAAUGGAUCGUGGGCAAUGGACAUGCAACUGAUCUCUGGCAGAACUGUAGCACCUCUUCCUCAGGAAAUGUCCACCACUGUUUCUCAUCAUCGCCAAACGAAUGGCUGCAGUCUGUCCAGGCCACCAUGAUCCUGUCGAUCAUCUUCAGCGUUCUGUCUCUGUUCCUGUUCUUCUGCCAACUCUUCACCCUCACCAAGGGGGGCAGGUUUUACAUCACUGGAAUCUUCCAAAUCCUUGCUGGUCUGUGUGUGAUGAGUGCUGCAGCCAUCUACACGGUGAGGCACCCGGAGUGGCAUCUCAACUCAGAUUACUCCUACGGCUUCGCCUACAUCCUGGCCUGGGUGGCCUUCCCCCUGGCCCUUCUCAGCGGUGUCAUCUACGUGAUCUUGCGGAAACGCGAAUGAGGUGCCCAGACGGUCUGUCUGAGGCUCUGAGCGUACAUAGGGAAGGGAGGAAGGGAAACCAGAAAGCAGAAAAAAAAAAGAGCUAGCCCAAAAUCCCAAACUCAAACCAAACCAAACAGAAAGCAGUGGAGGUGGGGGUUGCUGUUGAUUGAAGAUGUAUAUAAUAUCUCCGGUUUAUAAAGCCUAUUUAUAACACUUUUUACAUAUAUGUACAUAGUAUUGUUUGCUUUUUAUGUUGACCAUCAGCCUCGUGUUGAGCCUUAAAGAAGUAGCUAAGGAACUUUACAUCCUAACAGUAUAAUCCAGCUCAGUAUUUUUGUUUUGUUUUUUGUUUGUUUGUUUUGUUUUACCCAGAAAUAAGAUAACUCCAUCUUGCCCCUUCCCUCUCAUCUGAAAGAAGAUACCUCCCUCCCAGUCCACCUCAUUUAGAAAACCAAAGUGUGGGUAGAAACCCCAAAUGUCCAAAAGCCCUUUUCUGGUGGGUGACCCAGUGCAUCCAACAGAAAUAGCCGCUGCCUGAACCUCUGUGUGAAGCUUUACGCGCACACGGACAAAAUGCCCAAACUGGAGCCCUCGCAAAAACAUGGCUUGUGGCUUUGGCAUACUUGCCCUUACAGGUGGAGUAUCUCGGUCACACAUCUAAAUGAGAAAUCAGUGACAACAAAUCUUUGAAAUGGUGCUAUGGAUUUACCAUUCCUUAUUAUCACUAAUCAUCUAAACGACUCACUGGAAAUCCAAUUAACAAUUUUACAACAUAAGAUAGAAUGGAGACCUGAAUAAUUCUGUGUAAUAUAAAUGGUUUAUAACAGCUUUUGUACCUAGCUAGGCUGCUAUUAUUACUAUGAUGAAUAAAUCAUAAAGCCUUCAUCACUCCCACAUUUUUCUUACGGUCGGAGCAUCAGAACAAGUGUCUAGACUCCUUGGGACCGUGAGUUCCUAGAGCUUGGCUGGGUCUAGGCUGUUCUGUGCCUCCAAGGACUGUCUGGCGAUGACUUGUAUUGGCCACCAACUGUAGAUGUAUAUAUGGUGCCCUUCUGAUGCUAAGACUCCAGACCUUUUGUUUUUGCUUUGCAUUUUCUGAUUUUAUACCAACUGUGUGGACUAAGAUGCAUUAAAAUAAACAUCAGAGUAACUCA